CCCCAUGUUGCAAAUAUUAUUUCAACUUCUGCUGUUACAAAAAUGUGGACCAUGGAUAUAUUCAAAAACAAUUCUCUCGACGCAAGUCGUUCGAUGCCGGACAACAGAUGCAUUCGCAGAAUAGAUGAAGAUUUUGAUUCCCCAUCUGCCGUUGCGUUUUCUACAGCAAUUUGGCAUCAAUGUGCCGGUCCUUUCAGUGGCUCUGUUGCAGGAAAAAUUGCGAAACGGAACCCGUUUCUCCUUUUGGUGGAACAAAAAGUGAAGACUGUUUUAAUGGAGAGACAACGAAAUUUAUUGUUAGCAGGUUCAAAAGCAGGAUACGGCUGCUCCUAGUCAUUUGUAUGCCGAUAGGGAUGAGCCUGCUCCAGCUGCUGCCGUUUGUAGGAUUCCUCAUUCUAUCAUCAUUGAUGAACACAGGACAAGUCGUUGCUCGCACGAUUGCUGCACGAUCAUCUGCUGCUGCCAGGUUGGAAUAAUAUAUGAAAGUCACCAACCGAAUAUUUGCUAAGACGGUUCAUUCUGUCCGGGUUGAUAACGAGUUUGCA